GGCAUUGAAAUUUUUAGUGUUAUCAAAAUUACUGUGAUUGUGAUCUGUGGCACAUGUUUUCACAUAUAACAACAAUUAAGUGUUUAAAUAUCAGCAUAUAAUUAAUAACAAUUAAGUGUUAUAGUAGUGUAUAUGUAUAUAGUACCUAUUGAAAAGUAUCGUGAUAUCGAACUGAUUUAAUUUGGCUUUGUUUAUGCAAUAUUCCAUACAUUUUUAAUAUGGAAAAUGACAAAAUUGUAAGUUACAUUCGAAAAGCACUUAGAGCCAACGAUUUUGAAUGUUUUUCGAUCGAACUGCAAGGAAAGACUAAGAAAACUGAAGGAUAUGCAUCAGAUAUGGUAUUUGCAAAAAUUAAACUAGAUGAUUCUGACAAAAAGUUAAAAGAAUAUCAUUUGGCCAUAAAAUUUUCAAAACCGUCUAUGCGAAAAUUUGAAGUAUUUAGAAAUAUAUAUAAAAACGAACUUUUAUUCUAUAAGGAUAUAAUGGAAUUGUUUAAUGAUCAUCAGAAUAAACAAAAUGUUUCGCAGCCGUUUAAUGCAGUGGCAAAAUGUCAUGCCACCUUCUCGGAUGAAAAUGUGGACAUUAUAUUUCUAGAAAAUUUAUAUCAGCAAGGAUAUAUAUUACAUGAACGACAAUUCAGUAUGAAUAUGAAUCAUCUUAAAUUAUUAAUGAAAACUUAUGCCAAACUUCACGCUCUUUCUUUUUCUUUAAAAGAAAAACAAAAUGAGUCGUUUCUGAAAAUAUUAGAAAAUGAUCUUAUAACUAAGAAAAACGUAGACUUUGGUACGUCAGAUUUUUUCAAUACCUGUGUGGUAAAAGUUUCAAAAAAUUUAAGAGAAGCGAACCGAUCGGAUUUGUCUACAAAAUUUGAUGAGUUAAUGGAAAAAGGAAUAUCUGAAAUCAUAUUUGAUGUUAUCGUUAACCAAAAUCCUGAGCCAUCUGUUAUAGUACAUUGUGAUUGCCAUAAUAAUAACUUUAUGUUUAAAUAUAAGGAUAGCAACAAGGAAAAUCCACAUGAUAUGGCUAUUGUAGAUUGGCAGGUAGUCAGGUAUCAUUCUCCAGUGAUAGAUUUAUCAUUUAUUUUGUAUUCAGUUGCAUCUAAACCAGAAAUUAGUGAAUCUCCAAGUUUGUUAAAAUACUACUACGAGGAGUUAACAAAGUUUUUAAUGGAAUUGGGAAAUGAUGUCCGUUCUAUUUUUCCAUAUUCUGUAUUAUUGGAUCACUGGAGAAAAUAUGCUAUAUAUGGAUUCGCGCAUGCCUGUUGUUACAUGGAUUUUAAUUUUGUUAAUCCAGACGAUGCUCCAUCAUUAGAUAACUUAGAUGAUAUGAGUUCAGUAUCAGAAAAUUUGUCGGUUAUUAAUUUAGGAAACAAUCAAAUGUAUACGGAAAGACUAAUAGCAAUUGUUGAACAUUAUUUUAAUAAUAUUAACCCAUAAAAAGAAUUUUAUUAGUUUAUUUUUUAAAUAUAUAUGAAAGAACCCA